CCUUGCGGUGUGCUCGUUCAGUCUUUUCAAGCAAGAGUGAGUAAAAGUUGAAAAUGUCUUCAAAAGCACUAGCCAGUGAGGCAUCCUCAACAACGGCGAUAGCACAGACACAUGGGAUGCGAGUAAACGGAAAAAACUGGCACGCUCCAAAGAAAGCAUUCCGUCCCACUGCGGGCCAGAGGUCUUAUGCACAGCGAAAAGAGCAAGAUCAGCUUAAACAAGCGGUCAAGGCUCGAGAACAAGAGAUGAAGGAGGAAAAAGAACAGGAGCGAAACAGAAGGAUUCAAGCCAUUAAAGACCGGAGAAAGGCAAAGGAAGAGAAGGAACGCUAUGAUAAAAUGGCGGAAAAAAUGCACAAAAAGAUUGUCGAAAGAAGGAAACGAAGAGAGAAGAGAAACAAACUGCUGAAAAGCUGAAACAGCCAAAGGAUGAAAUCCGAGCAUUCGACUUAGGCAUUUUUUCUCAAGCUGCUUGUUCUCCUCCUCCAGCCGAACACAAUAUGUUCAUCCCGACAAAAGAUUCCGCUGAUCAGCAGGUCCUCUUCACGAAUCCAAUGAAGAGUUGAGCAUGUGAUAUAGCUUUUCGGAAGACAGACUUGACUCGCACUGUCAGCAUUCCUGGAUUGAUGCAGCAUCUCCACAGACCAUGGCUGCGCUAUCCGUCUAGAAGCUUGAUCACAGGACCAGGAAGCCUUCAUCAAUUCAAAGGAUAAACAGGGUGUCCAAGGAGUUCAUGACACUGAUGCUUCAUUCACCACCGCCGGUAAGCGGAAACGCCGGUCACUUGAAUAGCAUGUGGUGAUAGCGCAACACUAAGGACUAUCAAGGGCCCUCAAAGGGGAUGUCAACAACAACAUUACCCAGUUUUAGUUUGAGCUCAGAGAAGCCAAUGUCGAUUGGCUUCAAGUCAUUGAGCUUCCCAAGCUGCUCUUUAGCCUGCUUAUCAGGCUCCUGUAGAGCCCAUGCUAUGCUGAUAUGAAAUGCAUCAGUCAUAUCAGAUCUCUCCAAUUGCUCGCUCAAGUCGACUUUGUCCACACAAGUUCCUUUAUUAGCAUACAACUCAGCAAGUCCGAGGCGUCGAGCUACCGCAUUACAUGCAGACAAGAGCUUAUUCAGUUCAUCGUUGCGAGGCCUACCAAGCCUGAGCACCAAGAAGUAUCUACUUCCAUCAUGAUUGGCAACCCAUGCCAGCCCUGUAACGCGAACAGUGAAAACGCUUACUCGACGUUUAUGCACUUCUGAGCAUACGCUCUUUUGAAACGGGCCCUUCUGAUCCGUUUUAAGUACAAGGGGAGCUGACAAGCUGAUAUGUAGUGGUUGUAAUGCUCCCAGUUCAGAACGCAGAAAGCUGUGCAUGCUUCUGCCGAUGUCAUUCGAUGGUCUUGCAUGCUCAAUCACAUCGUCAAGCAUGGCCAGCUCUUGUUUCGGGGGAUGCCAUUCAAGGUAUACGUGUGUUGGCCAGUUACCUACCACGUGAGGUACCUGCCGUGUACGACCAGCAUGCAAAGUAGGAUCAUCGCUUGCAGCAGUUCUCACAUUUGUUGCAUACAGUGUAUGGAACGAAGUAGGAAGUGGCGGAGGUCUUCUGCUGUCGACCUUGUUUUUUGGUUCAUGGUCAGAGGCUUUCCGCUUCCUCUGACCUGGAGAUUCACCAGGAGAGGGCUCAUCAGUUUCAGAGUUUGAGUCCGAAUAGUCGACCAGCAUGUUUAUCAAGUCGAGGAAAACCUGAACAUGGUACCUGCCAAGGAGACUCGACGCAUGGAGCCCUUGGGAAUUGGGAAAAGAAAUGGACGGGCGGAGCAGGGUCAGACCCUGGAGAAAAUGGCGAUCAGCAAUAGGUAGGGUCUAUGGGCACGUCAGCACAGACCCAUAAUUGCUUGUGAGGGAGGAAGCUCACGGGAAGCUGGUGACGAAGACAAUGGCGUGAAUGUCUCAGUUGGCCUUGGAUAUGUGGCACUCUCCAGCUAUAUUGUCGGUUUUCCGACUCGCAAAGCGAUGUGGUGUAUUCGACACGGGACGAAUCAUAUGCCCGCGAGAUACAUGGGUCUUUCAAUGUGGGAGACAAUGGCCUAAGCACCAAUUUUUAUGUAAAUAGAUAAGAUGGUGAUUGAAUGAAAGAGGAACGGAG